AUGAGGAGCAAACUCGGAAUACGGAUAAAUAAUGUACUUUUCUCUUCUUGUAGACUGCUACUGGGUGGAUUUUGUAACACCACAAGCGUGCAUUAUGGAGUCAGGACAAACCACGAUCCCACUCACAAUGUUAGGAUCAUAUUCCCAGAAGAAUCAACCGAUGCUGUCAUUUACGUCACGGUGGUGGUUGUAUUUUACGCAGCAAUUAUUCUUAUCUUGGUCGGUACCAACAUCAAAAGGUUCAAGAAGAGGAACGACGACGAAUGUAAUGGCAAAGGAAAACGUCACUUGGUAGUUUAUGUGGAUAACAAGGAGCGCAUCGUCCAACAGACAAACAACAACGGUAACUUGGACCCUGGAGGAAACAACAUGGCUACUACCUUGUGAUACCAACACCGCGUGAUGGAAAUUAUUUAUAUUUUAGUACAGGAUGAAAUAGUUAUAAACGAGAGGUUGGAAUUUUCACAAAACAAAGAACGAAAAAAAAAAAAUAAAGAUAAAAAACAUUUUCUACGCUAACAUUUCCAUUCCUAUGUUAAAUUACUAAACCAUUCCUUAUAUUUUGUUUAUUGUAAUUGGGUAUUAAAACAUAAAAAAAAAUUCUGUGUGUAUCAACCAAUACAAUCCUGCAAAUCAGUGUAACGUGUUUCAAGCUUGUAACCGAACCAUUAAUUUCAAAUUUAAAUUAACCAAUCGGCUGUAAGUUUCGGUGACGUUUGAAUCAGGCGCAUUCUGUGAUUGGUAGCGAAUUAUUCCGGAACUCGCAACUGAUUGGAUAAUUUAAAAUUUUGUAUUUUCAAUUUUUUUUUUUUAAGUAAUGACCUUUGAAUGACUACCGUUAUGUUACUUACGGUUAUAUUAAAUAAAACAUAUCACAAAAGAGAAAAUAUUUGGAUUAUUCUGUAAAUUUAAAAUGCAAAUUGUAGAUAAAUAUAAAUAUAUAUCGUUGAAAUAUUAAUAAAUAUUUUCUA